AUGGCUGAGCACACAUGCUGUGACCACUGCCUCUGUUUCUCUGUCUUGACAGCCAAUUCCUACUGGACUACAUUAAGGGUUCUGGAGAACCCCUGUCUCCUUUGUUUUUACAACUACACCUUCCUCACUAGACAGAAGGUGAGGCCCACAGACUUGGUCCUCAGCCAUCUGGACUUUGGCAACAAUUUGGUUGUUUUAUCCACUGGGAUCCCUCACAUAAGAGCAGGUUUGGGAUGGGUGUACUUCCGGGAUGAUGCCGGAUGUAAAGUUGUUUUGUAUUUCCGUAGAGUAGCCAGAGGGGCUUCUCUUAACACCACCUGCCUUCUGAGUGGCUUCCAGAGUGAUUGGCCCAUGACAAACAAAAUCUCACUGUGUGCAUGUUUUAUAGACACUGUGCCACAGCAGAAGCCCCCCCAAAACCUUCUUCCAUUCUCUUGCAUUUAUUUUAUGCACUUGGUUUUCAUGAGGUGGGCCAGUGGCUCCAUGGUCCUUGUCCUGCACAGACACAAGCAGAGGGUCAGGCAUAUUCACAGCUGCAUUCUCUCCUGAAGACCUGACCACGCGACUAGGGCCACACGUACCAUCCUGAUCCUGGUGAGCAUGUUCCACUCCUUCUACUGCCUCUCCAUCAUUUUAAGUCUUUUCACCAGACCUGUGGCUGGUGGUCACGUUUGUGUUCCUGGGUGUAUGUUUCUCAGUCCUGAGCCCCUUGUGCACAUCAGCAGUGACAAUCGUGUUAGUCAGGUAUUUCAUUCCUGCACUGAAUAA